AUGGCUCACAUAAGUGGACUCGUUGCUGCAUCUGUGCUUGCCGACCCCUUUGAGUUUCGUGACAUUGUCACCACCACAACCCACAAGUAUUUGAGAGGUCCUAGAGGUGGUAUGAUUUUCUUCAAGAAAAAAAUCCUGUGCAUGACGUUGAUUUUGAGACUGCCAUCAACAAUGUUGUUUUUCCCUGUCUACAGGGUGGUUGCCAACUGCAGAGCUCUUGCUAACCGAUUAGUUGAGUGUGGAUAUAAAUCUGUUUCUGGUGGUAGUGAUAAUCACCCGGUUCUCGUUGAUUUGAGGCCAUCGGGUAUUGACGGUGCUCGGGCCGGUGCUAGGCAGCGGGAGGUCACCAUUAUUGGGAUUGGUGAAAGGGCUGGAAAUGCUUCCUUGGAAGAAGUUUUGGCUCAAGAUAUAACAGGUUUUGGAAUGGGACAAGGUGAUAACAAAGCAGAGGAGCACAAUAUCACCACAAACCUUAAUUUUUCACCACCAGGAAAGAAGUCAAAGAGCGAAGGGUUUGCUGGUCUUGAUAAUUGGGAUUUAAGCAAUGAAGAAAGUGAUGAGUUGGUUAGAAAUUCACCUGUAAGAAAUCAACGUUUAUUCACUAGCCGGCGCACCGUGAAAACCAAAGCUCCUCAUGUCUUCGUCGUUUUUACUGCAGUAAAGAAAACAUGGCAUUGGCAACAGUAA